UUAACAUAAACGAAGGAAUAAAACUAUCAUUCGAUUCCCAUCCCCGUAAGCCGUGUCUUCUGGUGGGGGGAGUGGAAUUCCAUACUAUUGUCAGUGCAUCUUUUGACCACUGUGCGCGACGGGUCUCAUUUCGAAAUUACCGUAGCCUUCGUUCCGUUGUCCGUUCAUUUCUUUUUGACCAUGUUUUCUGUUUUUUUUUCAGUUGAUUAAAAUCGGUUCAACGUAUCAUAUUAUACAUCGUUAUAGUGUGUACGAAAAUUGAACGUUGACACUUAUGAACCUAACGAUAUUUCUAUCAUUUUUCAGUGGAAUACUAAUUUGAAAGAGUCAUCAAAGGCAAGCUAUUUUUCGUAAUACCGGACAUAACAAAGGAUAAAAUGGAAAGCGAAGGUAGUAUCCAGCUCAAUACAAAGAAGAAUAAAAAACACCAUUCAAAGAAAGCAUCAAAAUAUAAAAAACGCAAACGCUCAACUCGAAAUGUAAAUAAAUAUAAUAAUAAUGGAGAUUCAUCUUCAGAUGCAUUUCUUUCAGACUCUGAAUUAGACAGUUCAAAUGCUGUAUGUGCAUGUUGCUAUGAAUGGAGUGAAGAAUUGUAUGAAUGCUAUCUCUGUAAUAGAAAAUAUCAUGGACAUUGUCAUAUUCCUGAAAUCACUCACAGAAAUGAAAACGAAACAGAAUGGCAGUGCACAUUGUGUGAAGACAUAGCUGCCAUUUCUAAGGAUUUAGGAAAAUAUCAUGACCUCAAUAAUAUUUCCAUUGGUACGGUUGGACGAAAAAUUGUUGAGCGUAUAUUAAUGGAAUUAUUCUGUCAAUUCGCAGAAAUUGAUUAUUUCAGAAAUUCACCAAAUAAAUAUUUUUUUCGAGAGAAUUUGAAACACAAGACCGAACAUAAAGGAUUAAACAAUAUUAGAAAUUUGUUGAGAAAAAAUAAUCGUUAUGUAUCACUUGAUAUUUUUUUGGAAGACACAAAACGAGUAUUUAUUAAAGCUUUGUCACACUAUAAUGUUGGCGAUCCAUAUUUUAGAUCAGCGACUAAGCUUCUUAAAUCUCUCAACAAUAUGUAUAAUAAAUGGAUAAUGUCUCCUUUGAAGAAAUCCUGGAAAAAGAGAAAACAAAUGGCUAUCUGAAAUAUCACACAACGGUUUUAAAAAGGAAAUAAUCUUGAACAUAAUUGUUUUUCAUUAUAUACGACAAGUUACAAGUUCAUGGAUUAUAUCGUACAUUUAGAAAUUAUUUCGAUUUUAUAAUAGUAUUAAAUUUAUAGUAUUAAAAUAUUAUAUGUAUAAAUGUAUUAUUAUGAUAAUCUAGUUAUAUUAUUAGGUACUGUACUAUAUAUUAUUAUAUUACAUUUCGAAUAUAUUAAAAGUAAAUUUACCACCCAUUUUACAAUAGGAAAAUAGUAAAGUUUAAUAAUAUUGUAAAUAGUAUAAUAUAUAUUUAUACUACAUUAUAAUUUAUAUUAAUAAGCGCAAACAAUACCUUAUCCAGAAUACAUUUUUAGUGCACGAGGGUUGAACUCUUAAUCCCUAUAGAUACGACCUUGUAUGGAAUAUAAUAUUAUAUUUCUAAAAUAUUAAAUACGCAUGUAUAUGAGUGUACCUGUUCACUCUAAAUAUGAAUUUUAAAUAAACGAAUUUGAAUUAUCAAAACAUGAUACAUCAAUGUAUGUCCAAUUUAGAAUAUUUUGGAAAACGAUAAAACUAAAACAUUUAAGAUGUUUUUUUAAAUAUUAUAUUAUUUUUAUUGUUAUUCCAUAAUUAUAAUUGUUACUUAU